AUGGCCACUGUUCAGAUGGCCAAAGACUGGAAUGCUACUUACCCACAAGUGGGGGACACCGGUGCCGAUGCUCCGGCCGGUUAUAUAACCUUGUGGGCGGAUUUUUUCAACCACGGCAACCUUAGGUUGCCGGUGACGGUGUUUGUGGCGGAGAUACUGGAGAAUGUCGAUGUUGGAGUUUCCGAUGAAGAUAUUCCUGUUGCUUCCACGAAGACCGCGGACUGGUUCUCUAGGCUGCGGCCUAUUGAACUCAAGAAGUUGGAUAAUGACCAACUGUGGAUAUUGCGGAUGAUGCUCUCUAGACCGGAUAGGAAGGAAAGGCCCGUGUUGCGGGAACAGGGUGGUGCGGAUGCGGUUGGCUUGUGGAGGAUGUUUGAGCCUGAUUUCAAGGGCCAGGUUGAACUGAUUGCGGUUGAGCUGAAGAAAGGUUUCAACCUUGAAAUUCUGAAGAACUUCCGUGUGCCGUCGAAAGCGGUGCUGGAUGCCCCGGUUCCGGAAGACGCAAGAGGUACGUCUUACGUGGCAUUAGUUUUUUCAGUUUAUCUUUUUGACUGGUUCUGAUGAUUGUGUGAAUCCAGG